AGUAGAGAACACCUAAUGCCACUAAAGACCGGGAAUCUUAAAAUGAAGAACCCACUUAUCUUCCUCAUAUUCCUACUUCUCACCCAAUCCCUUCUCGCCACGUCAUCACCGUUAAACCUGAUCCCAAUCAACCUCUCCGUCGCCGACUUCGGCGCCACCGGCGACGGUAGCUGCUACGACACCGAACCGAUCCAAUCGGCCAUCAACUCCUGUCCGGAGGGUGGUCCCUGCCACGUCAUCUUCCCGGCACCGGGAAAGUACCUUACGGCCACCGUGUUCCUGAAAUCCGGCGUGGUGCUAGUUGUGGAGCCCGGUGCUACCAUCCUGGGCGGCACCAGGCUUGAGGACUACCCGAAGGAGUUCUGGCGGUGGUACGUGGUGGUGGCGGAGAACGCGACGAACGUGGGAAUCCGCGGCGGCGGAGUGGUGGAUGGUCAGGCUACGAAGUUCGUAGUGAGGGAAGAUCCGAGGAAGAACGUGAUGGUUAGUUGGAACCAAACUGGGGCUUGCUUGGGAGACGAAUGCAGACCUAGACUCAUUGGAUUUAUUGGUUGCAACAAUGUUGAAGUUUCUAACAUCACUCUCAACCAUCCUGCUUAUUGGUGCUUACACUUGGUCCGGAGUAAUAACAUAUCCAUUAAAGAUAUUGCAAUUAAUGGGGACUUUAACAUACCAAACAAUGACGGGAUUGACAUUGAGGACUCAAACAACACAGUAAUCACUCGAUGCCACAUCGAUACCGGGGAUGAUGCAAUCUGUCCAAAGACAUACACAUGUCCUGUUUACAACCUUACAGUCACCGAUAGUUGGAUUCGAUCCAAAUCUUCUGCAAUUAAACUUGGCAGUGCUAGUUGGUUUGAUUUCAAGCAUUUUGUGUUUGAUAAUAUCACUAUUGUUGAUUCUCAUAGAGGGAUUGGAUUCCAGAUCCGUGACGGAGGAAAUGCAAGUGACAUUGUAUUCUCAAACAUUAAUAUCAGCACAAGAUAUUAUGACCCGUUAUGGUGGGGUAGAGCAGAGCCUAUCUAUGUAACGAGUUGUCCCCGAGACUCAACCUCAAAGGAGGCUUCAAUAUCUGAUGUACAUUUCGUUAACAUCACUGCAAAUUCUGAAAAUGGCAUCUUCCUGUCUGGUUCAAAGAGAGGAUUGCUUAGAAACUUGAGAUUCAUCAACAUGGACAUUACAUACAGAAGGUUCACCAAUUAUUCUGGUGGGUUAUUGGACUAUAGGCCAGGAUGCCAAGAGUUAGUUAAACACAGGACUGCGGGCAUAAUGAUGGAGCACAUUGAAGGGCUUGAGGUUAAAAAUGUUGAAAUGAGAUGGUCAAACAAUCAACUAGAGCAGUGGAAUAAUCCUUUGGAGUUCAGACCGUCUACUGUGAAUAAUAUAUCUUUCCUUAAUUUUAGUUCUGGUUUGUAUACAGAUGGCAAAUUAAACUAUUAACUAGGGUUCUGCGAAAAGACAACGUGCAAAGCACAUAGGUUGUUUAACCUUCAUGGGAAAGGGGGAGAAGCUCAAAAGGGAGGAAUAUUUACUUUGUGCAUUAGAAGAUAUUGAAGUGAGAGAGAUCAUUUGUUAAUCCUUGAUCUAGUGCUUCACUUUCUGCAUCUAUAAUAUGAAUAUGCCAUUGAUCUGUAAAAUUGAUAGAGUUCAAUUGAAAUUUGGAUUUGAUUUCAUCGAGAAUUAAAGUUACAUAUUCUUUUGUCUUUAUGAUAUAAAGCAGGGAUAAGACAAAUAUUUGAAGA